AUGGCUCUGGAGUUCUGUGUGUUCUGGACACCAGUUUUGAAACAGCUGCUGGAGGUCACACAUCACAGGGAUUGGGUGGGGGAGACCUCACAGGAGCGGACAGCUGAGAUCACCGGAGCUCAGGCAGGGCUGCGACUGACGGAAGAGACGAAGUGGGAACCUAACCCGGUCAUGCCCAAGCCGUCCAGAAGGUCAUCUCCACCCGCAGCCUUCCGGCGAUCGGGGCAGGGAAAGUGCCCCGGUCCACCCAUCCGUCCCCUCGCCGGCUCUUCCCCGGGGCGCUGGGCGGCGAGCUGUCCCCCCGCUCGCCCCGGGGACGGCGCGCGACAGCUCUUACCGCGGCCCUUUGUCCUCGCUCCGCCGCGGCCCGGCUACGGUGCGCCCGCCGCCGUCGGAGGGCCGGCCCAGCCGCCCGCGCGCUCACUCCCCAGCUCCCGGGCUCGGCCGGCCGGGGGGCGCGCGGCAAAGCCCGGAUCUGCGGACCGCAGCCAGCGCCCGGGACUGACCCCUGACCCCCCGCCGCCCCCGGAGUCCGCUUCUCCAGGUCUUCCAGCCGACAGCGGAGGAGGGCCGGCGGUGGGCUCGGCCGCCCCCGGGACCCCGCUGGGCAAGGGUAGCGGCGAGGGCGGCGCGGGGGAUGCAGCGGGGAGGCGUCGGGCGAGGGGAGGUUAG